UCUCUCCCAAGGAGCCCUUUCAAGUCAAAUCCCCCUCCAGCAUCCCCCCUUCGACAUCCUCUCUUUCUUCCUUGCAGCGUCCAUCCCGCCUCUCGCAUACGUCGAGCGCUCAGAGCACUGCCUCGAAUCGGCCUCCCAGCACUCUGCAUAUACCCCUUCCCCCAAACUCAACUUGCUAGGAUGAGGUUUGCCCAGCUGUGCCUGCUUGGGCUGACCAGCGCCCUGGCCGUCUCUCAAGUCAUCGCCGCUCCUUCUUCCGCCUCAGAUCUAGUCGGAAGGGCCACCGGCAAGAAACCGUCUGACUUUGCCGUUGCUGAUCGCGUUCCCGGUAUUCCCUUUUCCUUGGGCAAGUCCUGGGCUGGCAAUCUACCCAUCACCAACAAGAAGGACGAUCCCAACCAGCUCUUCUUCUGGCUUUUUCCUCCUUCCGAAGGAGUGGGUCACGAUGACGUGGUGGUCUGGCUGAAUGGUGGACCUGGUUGCUCAUCUCUCGAAGGAUUGUUCCAAGAGAAUGGACCAUUCAAAUUCCCCUUCAACUCUACCAAGGUCGAAAAGAAUCCCUGGAGCUGGACCAGGCUCAGCUGGGUGCUCUGGGUGGAACAGCCUGUCACCGUAGGAUUGACCAAGGGCAAAAGCGACAUUACGAAUGAAGUCGAUGUCGCGAGAGAGUUCACUGGCUUCCUCAAGAACUUCUUCAAGACAUUCGAUAACCUGCACGGCAAGAAGUUCUGGCUGACUGGAGAGAGCUAUGCCGGAAAGUACAUUCCUUACAUGAGCGACUACAUCUACGCCGACAAGACUGCCAAGAAGGCUGGCAUCAACCUUCAAGGUUUCGGCAUCAACGACCCAUCCUUUGCAGAAGACCCGAUCACCGAGGACUUGCCCGCCAUUGAGUUUGCCAAGGCUCACCAGAAGCUCUUCCACUUCAACGACUCGUACAUCGCUGAGCUCGAAUCGAAGGCGGAAGCAAAUGGGAUCAAGGACUACGUGAAGAAGCACCUCGUGUACCCUCCUCCCGGUCCUCUGCCGAUUCCCAAGAAGUGGAACAGGACUGAAUUCUCUCCCUGGACCGAAAUCUUGACGACUGCGACCGAUCUCAACGCUUGUUUCAACGUGUACGAUGUCAGCCCGCCGUACGCUCAGUGCCCCGGCGUCAGCGAUGCUCUUGGCUUCCCUCCCGACAAGCUUGAGCCCAGCCCAAUGAACGUCAUCAACGACAUCAAGGGGCUCAAGAAGGCCAUCCACGCUGAUCCCUCAAUCACUUGGUACGAGUGCACGCCGCAAGGUCCCUUCCUGGGAGACGGCGACACGUCGCCCGGACCAUCCGAGAGCGGUGUGCUUAAGCGCGCGAUUGAAAAGUCGCCAGCUAAGCGCAACGUGAUCCAGCACGGACUCAGGGAUUACGUCCUCAUUGCUCAAGGAAGCGCUCUCGCCAUUCAGAAUACCACGUGGAACGGCAAGCAGGGCUUCCAAAGAAAGCCCAACCAGUCCCUGCUCACCGUCAAUGGCACCAAGGCGGGCACUUUCCACACAGAGAGAGGCCUCACCUUUGUCGAGGUCAUCAACAGCGGCCACAUGAUCCCGCAAGACGACCCACCCACCGCUUUCAAGCUGCAAAAGUACUUGCUGGGUCAAAUUCCCGAAGCGGCAUUGGCUUUGCCAGGUGUAUAAAGGUGCCAUAGCCCAACUUGCCAAGAUGCGAAGCGCACCAAGGAGACACUCCUUGAUUGCGUGCUCAUGCAGUGCUUUGCUCGUUCUCACGUCGAACCCAAAUGCCCCCGCACGUCUGUUCGUGGAAUCAAGGACGAUUCAAUGCCCUUCCUUCUCCCUGCACAUCUCCACUCCCUGCGUUCUCCCGAGUCCAGCAUGUUGCGCUCGGUCGAGGACAAGCACUUUACCUACAUCACCACCAUUGCAGAUUCAAUCUUUUUGUCGACGAUGGAAAUUCGAUGCUUGUCUCGCAGCUGCUCCGCCAGGUGCAAGUUUCCUGC